GGACCGAAACAAAAGCUGUCAUUUUCUAGCAAUUGCCUAUCCAUAUCCAUUUUGGAAAUCAGUUAAAAGCUAGGAAAAACACUAUGACAUUUGACAAUGACAACGUCAAACCAAAAUUUAUUUGCAAACAUUGCAAUAAAUAAAAUGUACGCAUAAAAGUCUCGCGUAUCACUAAUGGAUAAAAAGUAGAUAUUAAGUUAUAAAUGAAAAUUGCAGCUAAAUAUGGAUGGGAUUGUUCAUUUUGAUUUAAAAGGUGCUCCAUUGAAAAUUGACUAUUUGGCAUCAGUCUUCAAAAGCAUAAAGUCAUGGGGUGCUACAGGAAUACUUUUGGAGUGGGAAGAUACAUUCCCAUACAUUUCAAACUUAAAAGAUAUAGGCAGCCAAAGAAGUACUAAUGGGUGUGGAGGCGAUGGCUUAUACAGUGUUGAUGAUGUUCAAACUAUAUUUAGACUUGCCAAAGAAAAUGGUUUGGAAGUAAUCCAACUAAUUCAGACUAUAGGUCAUCUGGAGUUUGUGUUGAAGCACCCAGCACAUAGUAAGCUGCGGGAAGCACCACACUCUCCAGCUGUACUCUGUCCGACUAAACCGGAGUCUCUGGAACUUGUGACUACUAUGUUGCAGCAAGUGAUCGAUGCACAGCCUGAUGCUAAAUAUAUACAUAUCGGGGCUGAUGAGGUAUGGCACUCCGGAGUUUGUGAUGAAUGUAAAAGUGUAGCUGCAAGUAGUGAACACGGCACAGUGUCAUUGUAUCUACAACACAUACAAAAUGUUAUCUUAUUUAUAAAGGAAAAGAAGUCAGAUUUGAUUGUACUUAUGUGGGAGGAUAUGCUGCGCACUAUGAAAUAUGAAGUAUUGAAAGCAUAUAACCUUGGUGAUCUAGUCCAGCCUGUGGUAUGGCAUUACAAUCAGGGACAUUGCUUUGAAUUGACACCAAACAUGUGGGAGACAUACAGACAUGUAUUUUCCAAAGUUUGGAUCGCAUCAGCAUUUAAAGGUGCCAAUGGUGGAUCUCAGGUGCUAUCGCCAGCCAGUAGAUAUGUCAGCAACCAUCACGGCUGGCUGCGUGAGAUUGAGAAGAAUGCAUUCUCUUUUGAUUUUGUUGGUAUCAUAUUAACUGGAUGGUCAAGAUAUGACCACUAUUCAACACUGUGUGAACUUUUACCUGUGUCUCUCCCCUCUCUUAAAUGUUGCUUGAAUUAUUUUUUCAAAAGAGAUCCCAUACUACCAGAGGUGGAGGACGUGAUCCCGGAGCCGCAGUGGCCGGGCGGGGAGCUGGCGCGCUGGGUGCAUUGCUUCGUUGUCCUCAAAGAACGCUGCUUCAGCUUCAUACAUGGAGACCAAGUAGCAACAUGGCUCAAUAAAUGGCAAAUAGACAACGAAUUCACUAAUCCAUUGCAAGUUCAGAACAUCAUGCAGUUCUCAAAGCAUUUAUUAUCCGACGUGUUGGAACUGGAAGAGAUGAUGACUCCACUGCUUCAUGAAAUAACUGGUAAGAGGAGCGUUGAAGAGUGGCUCGGAACAUUCCUUAAACCUGUAGUUCUGGAGUUAACUGACAUACAUACAACAGCUGUGACCAGAUUCAAUGCCGGCGCUAGUGUGCAACCGAAAUGUACGCAUACUGAAACGGAAUUAGAACUUAAACCAACGGAAUAAAGAUAGAAGCAUGUUUAUUUUUUUGUGAUAUUUUUUUUGUUAAAAUAUGUUUAUUG